AUGGCAGCUGAGUUCUUCAACAAGUUAAAGUUAUCAUCAAAAGAACCACUUGAAAAAGCAGACAAAGGGGGAAGAGUUACUUGCCCUUUAUGUCAUAAGAAAAUGAAGUAUUAUUGUUAUUAUUGUAGACGAGGACUUAUUCCAGAAUUACCACAAGUCAAUCUCCCAAUCAAAUUAGAUAUUAUUCAUCACCCAACAGAAAAAGUUGCUAAAUCAACUGCACUAACUGCUUGUAUUGUGGCAAAAGAUGAUACUAGAUGGAUUGAAUUUCCUAAUGAAAUACCACAAUAUGACCCAAAUGAAACAAUACUAUUAUUCCCAUCUCCAGAUGCAAAACGAUUAAGUGAUUUUGAUGACCUUAAGAAGUAUAAAAGAAUGGUUUGUAUAGAGACUGUAUGGUAUAAAGCCAAUGCUGUAUUAAAUCAUCCAAACAUUAAAAAUUUACCAAAAGCAAUUAUUUGUGCUGAAGAAACAUUGUUUUGGAGAUAUCAAAAUAUAAGUAAUACUAACUUAUCAACUAUAGAAGCUAUUUAUUAUUUCUAUAGAGAUUACUAUACUUGUAUGAAUGGUAAAUAUAAUGGGGAGUGUGAUGAUCUUUUAUAUUUCUUCACCCAUAUUUAUCAUCGUGUCCAAGAUUUUUAUAACGAACAUCCAGAUAAAACAUUUAUUCACAAAGAUGGAUAUAUUCAAUACAAAAUACCAGAACUUGAAAAACAAAAAGAAGAAGAAUAUAAAAAGAGAGAAGAAAUGAUUGAAUCUAAAAAAAAAUCUAAAACACAAAAAAAAUAA